CUGUAGGUGUAGAUUGUGUUGACACGCCAACGUAUUCGCCAUUGUUGCUCUCGUCUUAUAUCCUUCACCACACGCCUCACUACAUAUGCGCUAUAUCAUCUACCUUUUACUUGAAGUUGUGACGGUGCGCAGAAACCCGUCGACGCCGCAGCUUGGCAUCUGUCUCGCAUGGUCUUGCGUUGACGCCCUCCCGUACAAGACCACAGAUCUGUCAACUAUACACGUUCUUUCAGGUAUCAAUUCAGCCUAGCAAAUCAUGCCGCAACAACCGUGGUCAGGCUGGAUAAAUCAGACGUAUUGUCAACCGCCAACACAACCCUCAGAUAAUCGAUCUUCGCAGUACUAUCAGCAGUCCAACUCGCCUCACCUACCAUAUCCACAGCCGGUAGCGCAGUACAUACAGCCAUUCUACGGAACACUAGGACCUGCACCUAUCGUUGCUGAACUACCAACUCCUCUUCCAUCAGCACCACCAAUAUCGACGUCAGAAACCCAGCUGACCGAAGACGAACAGCUUGCGCGGAAACUAUCAGCUCCACGUCAGCAGGUGACGGAAGAUGAAGAGCUGGCGAAGCGAUUACAACAUCUCGAAGUUCAAGAGGCGAGGAGCAGGUCUAACAGCAAUGUCAGCCAACAGCAGCGUCCGGCCAGCAUGGCUUUGCCGAGUCCGCAAUGGACGCCCUCGCUGGCGCAACAUAGGUCGUCGCAUUCGUUGAGACCACAUUCUCAGAACAUACCCAUGAGUUUGUCACACAGCCCUGUACUGGUGCAGCAGCAAUCUAUACAGUCUUUGCGGCCGCAUUCCCAAAGCCUUCCUGAGGCACCGUGGGGUCCUGGAUCAUUUGGCCCACCACCGCAAGCACAAGCAAGAUAUAGCUUGUUACCAGAGGUAGUUCCCAACCAACCCCCCAAGCUCCCUCCAAGACGCCUGCCACCAGCAGUCACGAGCAACUUACCUGAAGUGGUGACUGGUAACGUACCUGAAAUAGUGGAGUCACCUUCAGACCCGGCCUCUUUGGCAGCCUACCUCGAACAGCAUCGCCAAGUUCCAUAUCCGCCUCAGUGGAGACUUGGCCCGGUCGUCAAGAUGUACCACGCGCAAACGAGCAUUACAUCAAAAUCAAACUGGUUGGACACGCCAGAGUCAUCAGCUUGGUUGGCUCACCGACAAUCAGAGCACUCUUCAAACCCUUCACCUGCAUCAUAUACCUUUGCUUUCAAACGAAUAGGCGGCAACUAUCGUGAUCCAAGGUUCUCAUGGGUCAUGAAUUGUAACGAAGCAGAAUCGAAGGCCAAGAAGCGACAGCCAGUAUGGUCUUACGAACUACGUUUGGACCUAAGAAGCGGCGUUCGCAAGAAGGAGGUUCUGAAUCCUGGUGGAAAAAUAAACAUACUCACCACCUACAUCCGCGCAUCGAACUACGAUUCUCUUCGCUUUGUCGGCAACGACAGGAGAGCUUACCUCUGGGUGAGCCACAUGCCUGUAAGCUCCACCAAUGGCAGUCGCUACGACAUUCUCCGCCACGCCCUGUUCGUCGCGAACGACCACCCAGACCCCUUGUACGGCGACAUCGUUGCAGACCACACAUACUGGGACGGCUUCUCCGGCGAUACUCAAGUCCACAACGGCAUGAUCUGUAUUGAGUGUCGAACGAAACCGAUCGUUGGCCAGCGGUGGAAUUGUAAAACAUGUCCAGACCACAACAUUUGCGGCCUCUGUUACUCUUGUGGUACGAGAACGUCUAUCGAACCGGCAUGCAGACUGUCACUUACGUGUCUUCCUGAUGAAACUCUCUACAUUCGCUCGCCGCUUGUAGACCAUGCACUUGUAAUCGCCUCACUACAAGUUCUGAAAGACUGGCAGAAGCACGAGCUACGGCAACAGAAAACUAAAGAUCCAAAGGGUUUCAUGCACAGCGAGGAAGCGGCGCGAGAGCAUGACUUGGGGAGAUUGAGCUAUUGGAGAGGAAGUGAUAUUGAUGGAAAGCUCGGUGCGCCGCAGAGGGUCAGGAGCAGAGCGGAAAGUGCAGAAACUGUGCAAAACGCUAACGAAAUCACGAGUGCGUUGGGCAACUUGAUGGAUGCCGGUUUGGCUAUUGCGGCACAAGGGCAACAGGGUGGACAUGGUGGGGGUCACAGUGGCGGUGGGUACAGUGGACAUCAUACUUAUGGGGGAGAUGGAGGAGGUGGUGGUGAUGGCGGCGGCGGCGCCGGUGGAUGAGAUCGGCGCUGAACAUGCUGCAAGCAAAACACAUUAUUCUUCCACGGCAACUCACCAGAAGCAUAAAGCGCUGUUAACCUCCCUGUUCGCGGUUCGAACAGCUCCCCUCGCCGAACAAAACCACCGAUACUUCGACCUCGGACGCUCCAUGCUUCCACCACACCUCACCACUCGCUAUGCAAUAAUUGUUAUGGUUUGCUGUUGGCAAUCCUACGCUUUCGCACACCUUCGCAACAAAAAAU